AUGUCUUCCGUCCCCCCAACUGGGAACGCGUCAGCCCAACGAGUUCCAGCAUGGAAACGAUUGGGUCUCAAGCUUAAACCUGCAUCUGAAGAGAGCCAUAACGCUACCCUAAAUACGGAUACCGUUGCUCCGCCGGUGCCCAACCAUCAUCGGGAAAAUAUUGCCGGCCCUAUCAAUAUCAAUGCAAAGAGGAAAUCUUCUGGUGUUCCUGCAUUAGAUCAUUCGGCAAAAAAGCCAAAACGAGACGCCUCUCAAAGCCAAAUUGCUUCCACCCAGACACCAUCAAAAAAGGCCAAAUCCGUUUCGUUCGCUGCCGAGUCCACUCAACAAGCCGGGUCUGCAGCAACGGCAAGCAACAUACAAAUCAGAAACAAGCAAAAACAACCGUCUCCUAGGAAAGCCGUCACAGCUCCAGUCAAGAAGCAAGCUGCUGUUAAUUUGGAGCCGGCACUUUCGUAUUUACGUCAGUGGCACACAUCCAAGGAUACUUGGAAGUUUAACAAAAAUCAUCAGACCAAGCUACUAGAACAGGUCUUUGCUGACGAGACUACUAUUCCGGCGGCUGAUAUUAACGUCUUUUACGAAUAUAUCCAGGGUUUGAAGGGAGCUGUCAGAACGAGGCUCAGGGAACUCGCAUCUGGCACCAAAGCACAGGACAUGGAACUAGGAUCACAAGGUUUCCCCACCUCGAGCAAGGAGGUGACUGAGAGGAGGCAGAGGGAAUACGAGGAAGUUAUUGCAGCUUUUCUACGUCAGCCAAGGAUCACAGGGAAGCGACGUUUCGACGAAAUAGACUACGUUCUACGGACUUCAGAUAUGGAGAUGCAACGUCGAGUUGUUAAGCGGAUGCGUUGUGAGAACGUAUUGGACGAACUGUCAGGCAGCGAGACCGAAACAGUAUCAACUACGACCACCGCCGAGGACUCAGAGGGCGCUACGAGCGAAGGGGCUACGGCUGCAGCUGAGGAUGUUCAACGCCUAAGACUGAACGAUGGCCCUCUACAAAGGGUCAAGCGAAAGAGGAAAUCGCGGACUGUAGUCGUCGACGAAGAUACGAGCUCAGAAUCCGAUUCCGGCUCCGAUUCUGAUUCGGACUCUAGCUCAGGUAGCAGCGACAGCAGCAGUUCUGAUGGUGAAUCUGAUAACGAGGCAGCGCAGCCCCAAUUGCGUACAGACGAUGCCGAUACAUCAUCCAGCAGCUCUUCCUCGGAGUCUGAAUCCGCCUCCGAUGAUUCGGAUGAUGACGAUUCCGAAAAUGACAAUUGA